GAACAAAUGUCACAUUAAAAUCAAUAAAUAAAACGGGUUAAAGGAAGAAAUGGCUGUCUCCGGUAAACAUAAUGAGAGUAUAUGGAUUGUCCUUGCGGCAUUGUUCUUGACGACUUCUGCAGAAAAUGCGACAUACACAGCAAUCAAAUACCCGGUCAUCGGAAUCAUCAACGGGUAUGAUCAAGAUGUCCUCCUUACAUAUGGACCUAGUGUUGGGCCAAUUAAGGAUACUAAAUUAAAGCCCGGGCAGAAAUUUUCAUUUGAAGCCAAAGUGAGAGACAUAGAUCAUUAUGAUUUCUAUACGUGUUUCUUUGAGCGGGACCAGGGGUUCUUUAUUAUGCUAUAUGAUUAUCCCCUUAAGAGAGACAAAAAGCACCAAAACAUCUUUUGGAAAACUUCCAGUGAUGGACUUUAUACUAGUUAUGAUCAAAUUAAUUGGGAUCACGCAAGCAGUUGGCAAGACCCUGAAGGAAGGUCAAGUUAAUUAUUACAUUGGGACUAGUCGUAUUUUGAGAAGAAAUAAUCAUAUUUUUAUUUUCCAAAAGUAUAGAUAGAGUCAAAUUUAUGUCAUUAUCAAAGGGUGUAUUGUAUAUAGAAUUAAGGCAACAUUUAUAAGCCGUGAACUUUAGUUAAUGGCAAAAUUAUUACUCCCUCC